GGCAGUAUGUGAUGGAUCUUCUCUCCCCAAAAGAAACUAGCGCCGCAGCCUUCACCGAAAUCAUGACGCUCGAGCCGCAGCUCACUGCGGAUUUGAGACGACAGCAGAUGAGCCUGUCUCCAUUUGGACUCAGGAGACAAGUCGAGCAGGAUCUCGUCAACGAUCCGCCAGCAUUGCUCGUCCUGUAUGGUUUGAGAUUGCCCAAGAGUGAGCGUUUCAUCCGCAAGAGCACUCGCCUUCUGGUCUCGCAUGAUAACAUGAAGGGGUUAGGGCUUUUGUGUGAUCACCAGGGUAAUCAUCAGUGUCAUGACAUCGUCGCCGGGGGAGCACCUGGAGUUCCUAGCAUUAGUGAGUUUGCCGGAGCCUACCCAGAAAAAUUCGUCCGAGCCGUGUUGAACACCGUGGAAUGGUUUGGUCAGAAGAUGUCCAAUCAAGGUAAGCCUCCUGUUGAGUGUUCAUGUGUUAGUCACCUGGAAGUGAUCGACGACAACGUGCCAGACUCCAGUUGGCCAGAAGUUCUUGCGGUAGGCAAAAAUGAAGCAAAGCCGGACAGUGAUCUGAUUCCUGUGUUGGACAAGCUGCAUCGCAAUUUGGGUCAUCCUCCCAAUCAUGACUUGGUCAGAAUUCUUCGACAUGGUCAAGCUAGCGAUCAGGCACUUAGACUUGCCAAGUCCUUCACGCGUGAACUUUGCAGGAGCCAGAUCAAGCCGAAAGUCCCAUUGCCUGCGCAGCCGAACCGCGACUUGCUGAAUGAACCAUUGCAGGUGGUGCCAGCGACAGCUUCCUUGACGGAUGAAUCCAUUGCACGCGCGCAAGCUCUCCGGACCUCCGCCCGUUCGGCCCUGAUCCAAAUGCAGGAUGAUCGUGCGCUCAGAGUGUUGCGUUGUGCUCCAGAGCAGUUGAGACCAGCCACCAAUGAGGAGAAGGUCAAAGAAGAAGGAUCAGCUCACAUCCUUUUGAAUGAGCUGAUGGAUCAUGAGUCGAGUGAGUUUGAGGUGGUAUCAUCCGGAUUUGAGCAAGAUAGAGCUCCCCAAGAAAACACCUCCAUGAAACACUGGGGCAAGACUUUGAUCACCACCGGCAAACUGUCCAAACGUGAUAUGUCCUAUGCGGAGUUGGCAACCUCCCCAGAUUCCGAGUUGGUGAACUACAGCCGAUGGCUGAUGGCACAGAAAGAUCGCGCCAACAUGUCUCCUCCAAUCAAAGACAUGAUCGCCUAUCUGUUGGCAUUCACCGAGCUGGCAGAGACCGCAUCCGAUCGUUUUCCCGACAGCACAGUGCCACGCCGGUUCAAGAAGUAA